AUGGCCACAGCCAAAGUUCCCAGGAAUUUUAGGCUUCUCGAGGAACUUGAGAAGGGCGAGAAGGGUCUUGGGGCAGAAGCUUGUUCUUAUGGUCUCGAAGAUCCAGAGGACCUCCUCAUGUCCAACUGGAAUGGCACAAUCCUCGGACCUCCUCACAGCGUACACGAGAAUCGCAUCUACUCUUUCGUUAGCCAGGUCAACCUCCCCUGCGUUAAUCCCCGUAACGGCGUCGUCGACCCCAAGCAACUGCCCUGCCUCACCAACUGGCAAAGGAACCACACUAUGGAGACUGUUUUAAUAGAGCUUAGGAGGUACAUGGCUUCGGCAACCAACAAGAAGAUCCCGCAGCCUCCCGAAGGAUCCGUAUACGAGCAGGCUUAA